AUGGAUGCCUAUUGCAGGGAGAUCAGGAGGCUCGAAGCCAAGUUUUAUGGUCUGGAGUUCCACCACGUCCCCAGGGACGACAACGUGGCGGAUGAUGUCCUGUCCAAGCUUGGAUCCAAGCGGCCCAUCGUACCACCCGGCGUGUUUGUUCAAGCACUCAACAGCCCUACGGUCAAGACGGAAGAGGAACCUUCCAUGAAGACCGACUUGGUCCUGGCCAUAGGACAGGAGGUCCUAACCCUUGAUAUUGACUGGCGCUCCCCAAUCAUCAACUUCAUCAAAAACAACAAAAGCUACCCAAAAGGAAAGGAACACGAGAAGCUUGCUCGCUGA